CUUCUGAAGCGGACACACAGCGUUGAGUGUCUGUUACUGCAUAUUGGGUUUCUAAGUGCUUGCGCUCUGGAGUUGUCUCCGAGUGCUCGCUUGGCAGUCUCCUGCUGGUCCUCCACUCUCUUUUAUCUAGUUGUUCCGUGGUUUUCACAGGAAGUUACACGGUUUCGUCGGCAGCUGCGGUUUUCCUACCCAAAGUUGGUGUUGUUUCGCGGCGGCAUGACCAUUUCUCUAUGAAUGACCGUGAGACAGUAAAAGCUUAAUUUGGCCAGAUAUACAGAAUAUGCCCCGAAGCCCAACAUCUAGUGAAGAUGAGAUGGCACAAAGUUUUUCCGACUAUUCUAUGGAAUCAGAAUCUGAUAGCUCAAAAGAGGAAACCAUCUAUGACACCAUAAGAGCCACAGCCGAGAAGCCAACCAGCAGAAUGGAAGACAUCCAGAACAACACACUUGUCAUCCGCAUUGCCAUUCCUGAUCUUCAACAGACGAAAUGCAUGAGGUUUAACCCUGACGCUACAGUAUGGGUUGCUAAGCAACGGAUCCUGUGCACACUGAAUCAGAGUCUGAAGGAUGUCCUGAACUAUGGCCUCUUUCAACCUGCAAGUAAUGGGCGAGACGGUAAAUUCCUGGAUGAGGAACGACUGCUUAGAGAAUAUCCUCAACCUAUCAGCAAGGGCGUCCCAUCAUUAGAGUUCCGUUACAAGAGGAGAGUUUACAAACAAGCUAACCUUGAUGAAAAACAAAUUGCCAAACUUCACACAAAGGCCAACCUGAGAAAAUUUAUGGACCACAUUCAACAUCACCAGUUGGAUAAAGUUACCAAGAUGCUAGAAAGAGGGUUAGACCCUAAUUACCAUGACCCAGAAACUGGUGAGACUCCACUUACAUUUGCAGCCCAUCUUGACAAUACAGUGGAAAUCAUCAAGGCUCUGAAAAACGGGGGAGCGCAUUUAGAUUUCAGAGCCAAAGAUGGGAUGACAGCGUUGCAUAAAGCAGCUAAAUCAAAGAAUCAAGUUGCUCUUACGACUCUCUUGGAACUGGGAGCCUCGCCUGAUUACAAGGACAGCAGAGGUCUCACGGCGUUGUACCACACAGCCAUGGUUGGGGGUGACCCAUACUGCUGUGAGCUGCUGCUGCACGAACACACCACAAUCAGCUGCCAGGAUGAGAAUGGCUGGCAAGAAAUUCACCAGGCUUGCCGAUAUGGACAUGUUCAGCAUCUGGAACAUCUGCUCUUCUAUGGGGCCGAUAUGAGUGCCCAGAAUGCUUCAGGGAACACUGCGCUGCACAUCUGUGCUCUGUAUAACCAGGAUAAUUGUGCAAGAGUUCUUCUUGUCCGUGGAGCCAACAAGGAGAUCAAGAACUACAACAGUCAAACCCCAUUCCAGUGGGAUACAUUUUCAAGUGGAUUAGCUGUCAUGGGUUGUGCCAGCUCAACACUAGAACAAGUGCCUUUCCGAGAGGCACCAACAUACUCCAACCGGCGCAGGGGACCCCAGAGCACGCUUGCAGCCCCCCGGGUCCUGCUGCGCUCCAACAGCGACAACAACCUGAACAUCAACAACCUCCCCGACUGGCCGGCCGCCUCCGCUCCCUCUUCACACCGCAGCCUUUCGCCACAAUUGCUUCAGCAGAUGCAGAACAACCCCAAUGGCACUGUAAAGACAGUCGGGGGUGGCGCCAGGGGUCCCCGCAGCCGCUCGCCCUCUCUGAACCGACUGGGGGAGGAGGUCAAGAGGCAGCCCCACCGGCAAGUCAGUCCGAAUGCCAACAGGGAAGCAGUCUCCGGCCUGGAUUUUCAAGGGAAACGGAAGCUUUACAGUGCCGUCCCUGGGAGGCAUUUUGUUGUUGUGAAGCCAUAUCAACCUCAAGGAGAUGGAGAGAUACCUCUAUACAAAAGCGACAGGGUAAAAGUCCUAAGUAUAGGAGAAGGGGGAUUCUGGGAAGGCAGUGCCCGAGGGCAUGUGGGAUGGUUCCCUGCAGAAUGUGUGGAGGAGAUUCAGGCGAAGCCAAACGAAAGUAAACCUGAAACCAGAACGGACAGAACAAAGAAGCUUUUUAGGCACUAUACUGUUGGAUCUUACGAUAGCUUUGAUGCAUCAAGUGACUGCAUUAUUGAUGAGAAGACAGUGGUUCUGCAAAAGAAGGACAAUGAGGGAUUUGGAUUUGUGCUUCGAGGGGCCAAAGCCGAUACCCCCAUUGAAGAGUUCACCCCCACCCCAGCAUUCCCUGCCCUGCAGUAUCUGGAGUCAGUGGAUGAGGGAGGAGUCGCAUGGCAAGCUGGACUCAGAACAGGCGACUUCCUCAUUGAGGUUAACACUGAUAAUGUAGUGAAAGUCGGACACAGACAAGUUGUCAACAUGAUACGCCAGGGUGGUAAUCACCUGGUCCUCAAGGUGGUAACAGUCAGCAGGAAUAUGGAUCCUGAAGAUACAGCCCGGAAGAAAGCGCCUCCACCUCCAAAGAGGGCACCUACCACAGCACUGACCUUACGUUCUAAGUCUAUGACCUCAGAGCUUGAGGAGCUGGUGGAUAAAGCCACCAUGAGGAAAAAGAAGGGUGAUGCUCAGCCUUCAAAUAUUGAGGGUCUGAAGAAGAGGAUUGUUUUUCAAGUCACACUAAAUAAAGUGGAUGAAAUAAUGCCACCCCAGAAACCCAGCCGAACAGGAGACAACGUGUCUGUGGACAUGAGGGUGGCAACGAUUAAACAGCGACCAUCCAGUAGGUGUUUCACAGCUUCAACGGACAUGAAUUCCAUGUAUGAUCGACAGGGUGUCCCUGUGAUGCCCCCUACAGUCCCUGGAAGUCCUAGAAGUGCCUACCUGGGUGUGCCUCGAGGUACCAUGCGCAGACAGAAAUCAAUAGGCAUAACAGAAGAGGAAAAACAAUUUCUGACCCCUCCUUUGCUGAAAUUUACCAGGAGCCUUUCAAUGCCGGACACCUCAGAAGAUAUCCCUCCCCCACCAGCCACCUCCCCACCUUCACCCCCUUACAACACACCCAAAUCCCCAACUGCGCGGGGAUAUGGCACAAUUAGACCCGGCUUCACCCAGAACUCUGCAUCCAAAGGCCCAGGUACCAACAGAGGAGAAAACGUUGGUACCAUGAGGCGAGAUAAGGGAAUGUUCUACCGACAAGAUUCAGAACACUAUGACGCAGACGAAUCAUACAAGCAAAAUGCCUCUACCCAGCAGAACUUCAGAAAUCGAAGAGGCCAGAUGCCUGAAAACCCAUAUUCCGAAGUAGGGAAAGUGGGGAACAAAGCUGUUUAUGUGCCUGCCAAACCUGCCAGAAGGAAGGGGACAUUGGUAAAACAGUCCAACGUGGAGGACAGCCCUGAAAAGACCUGCUCCAUCCCAAUUCCUACUAUUAUUGUCAAGGAGCCAUCGACCAGCAGCAGUGGGAAGAGCAGUCAAGGCAGCAGCAUGGAAAUUGACACACAGAUGACCGAGCAGCCUGGGCAGCUGCGGCCCGAGGAUAGCCUGAAUUUUAGCAGCCCUUUCGCAGCGGCCAUCGCCGGAGCUGUAAGGGACCGGGAAAAGAGGUUAGAGGCCCGCAGGAACUCUCCAGCAUUUCUUUCCACUGACUUGGGUGAUGAGGACAUUGGACCAACACCUGCUCCAAGGCUCAGGCAUUCCAAAUCCAUAGAUGAAGGAAUGUUUAGCAACAACGAAGGUUUGAGAAACCUCAUGGCCCCUUCCCUUCUCGCACUUCCUCGAGGGAAUGUUACAGCCUUCAGCAGCCCAGAGCCCAGUCAUCCAAGAGAACCUAGCAACACCAGGACAGUAAAUACUCCUAAAACCGAUAGUCCAGAUAACAGUGCAGCGAGCAGUAAAAACUACAGCUCAAAUGGAGGGAAUUACGUGCAUCCUGUGACGGGUAAACUUCUGGACCCCAAUUCCCCCUUAGCUCUUGCUCUUGCUGCAAGAGACAGGGCCAUGAAAGAGCAAACGCAGCCACCCCCGGCAAAGAAUGAGCCUGCGAAGCCUGACCUCAAUAAGCCGCUCUUCAUUGACACAAAGCUGAGGGCCAACAUAGAGACCACCUUCCCUGUGACAGCUACCAUGAGCCGGCCAGGCCAGCGGGGAGGACUGCGGAGGCAGGAGACGGAGGCUAAGUAUGAAACGGAGGCAGCAAAGGAUGACAAGAAGCCAGAGGAGAAGAAAAACAUGUUGAUCAACAUUGUAGAUACCUCACAGCAGAAAUCGGCAGGGUUGCUAAUGGUUCACACCGUGGAUGGAGCUAAAUCUGAGGAGAACAGCCUCGCUGAAGGUGAAAAAGAAGAGGCUCCAGAUAAUGCUCCAGCAGAGCUGAGAGAUCCUAACCAGCCAGCCCCAGAGACAAAGUCACCGGCCUUGAACCCUCAGUCUGUCACACCUGCCAAGACCAUCAUCACCAUAAGUUCAGUAGAUGAGCCAGUAGUGUUGCCCUUCCGCAUUCCCCCUCCUCCUUUGGCUUCUGUCGACAUCGAUGAGGAGUUUGUCUUCACAGAACCUCUGCCACCCCCUUUGGAGUUUGCCAACAGUUUUGAUAUUCCUGAGGACCAAGCAGGAGCAUUAGCUGAACUGCUAAAGCAGAGGAAAAAUGGAGCCACUGGCACAACACUGACACCCUAUAACCCCCAUACAGUGGCAGCAACAGUGGCAACAACAAACACUUUAGAAUGCAAAAAGCCAGUUGGCCUCUCGAACUGCAUGCCUCCUGCAUUUGUGCCCCCCCCUGAGAAUUUCGACAACAUCACCGACUCUGGGAUCGAGGAGGUGGAUAGCCGGAGCAGCAGUGACCAUCACUUGGAAACAACCAGCACUAUCUCAACGGUGUCCAGCAUUUCCACCCUUUCCUCUGAGGGCGGGGAGAACCUGGACACCUGCACUGUCUAUGCAGAUGGGCAAGCAUUUCUGGUUGACAAGCCUCCUGUACCUCCGAAACCAAAAAUGAAGCCCAUAAUCAACAAAAGCAAUGCACUUUACAAAGACGCCCUGAUUGAAGAGAAUAUUGACACUUUUGUGAUCCCUCCCCCUGCCCCACCCCCACCCCCUGGAGCCCAAUCAGAUCCUCCUAAAACCCCAACACAAAGGACCUCAAAGCUCUGGGGUGACCCGCCAGAAGUGAAAAGCCCACCUACUCCCGACCCCAAGGCCAAUGUGAUAAGUGAACUGAACUCAAUUUUGCAGCAAAUGAACAGGGACAAGACACCCAAGCCAGGGGAUACUUUGGAUUCUCCCACAGGAUCCAGAACUAACUUUGGAGCAAGGGGAAUGGACGGUACUCUUACAGCCUCAGGUACACAGCGGAACACAACGGUCACAUUCGCCAUCCGGCCGGGAUCGAACCAGCCAGUGACAGUUCAGAGUAGGAACUCUGACAGUAUUCCUGCUGCACGGAGGGCUCCCAGCCCCUUAGUGUCACCGCCAGACACAGGGAAAGACAUCAGGCCUUCCUCCCUCCCGCCCACGGUCUCUUCCCCCACGCUGACAGACGUCUUUGGGAUUCCUACGCCUCCCACUCCAGGGGAAAGAUUCAGUCUGGGGUCGGGCCGGAGUAGAUCACCUUCUCCUUCAACUUUAAUACAGCCAGUUUCCAACAAGCCUUUCUCAACCAAGCCAGUCCAUCUAUGGACGAAGCACGAUGUAGCAGACUGGCUGGAAAGCCUCAAUUUGGGAGAGCAUAAGGACACCUUUAUGGACAAUGAAAUCGAUGGGACCCAUCUACCAAACCUACAAAAAGAAGAUUUAAUAGACCUAGGAGUGACUAGAGUUGGGCAUCGAAUGAACAUAGAAAGAGCACUGAAAUUGCUACUAGACAGAUAAGAAAGGGUGAUUGUUAUCUACAGGACUCCAGGCUUCAAAGUUCAUCCAUCUUUUGAUUGAUAUCAAGUGUGUAAUUAUAUUCACAUCAGCUCUUGUUGGAGUAUAGGAAUUAUCAUAUCUUUAAGAACUGCAAUUUUGAAAUAAUUGUGCAGUUCGUUAAUAAGCACAAUAAUUCUCAUGAAAGCAAGUGGUUGGUACAUUGAGCCACCUCCUUCUGCUGCAGAGGCAAGAAGAUACGAAAAAAAAGUGAGAUUCCUUUUUUGUGAUAUAAUAGAGACCAUUGCUUUGGAAUAUAAGAACUUUUUAAAUCAACCUCAUUUGGAUGCACCCGAACCAGCAGAGCUGUGUUACAUUUUCUAUCUUUGCUAGAAUUUCUUCAGAGAAUAUUUCUUCAAAAAAGGGGUUAUAUUUAACAAUGCAUCAGCUGUUGCGAAAAUUGUCUCGCUUCUCACCUUUUUCUCUGGAAAGAAGAUCAAGCUACAAUAUAUGCUAAAUCUGUUCAUCUUUCAGUGCAUAUAUACAUACAGUCCCAACGUUGGUGUUCUACUUGAAAAAUCACUCCUUAACAUUUUGCACCUAUUUCACAGCUAUAGGGGCACAAUUGUAGCAGUUAUGUUUUUCUUUUGCUUUCACUUUCUUCCUUCGGUUAGGAGAUAUUUUUCUUUUUGAUUCAGUAUAUUAAAGUUUUUUUUUCUUUUCUGAGUCGUCUGAAAAGUGUAAAGUGUAAAUUAAUCAUUAUUGUCUUCCACAUGAAUGCAGGUGAAUGGACUGAGUAGUGAAUUCCGAGGUCCAUACUUUUUUCCUAGAGUUUUAUUUUAAAUAUUAAUUCGGAGCUUCAGAGAUGUGCCAGCGAAUAUGGGUUAUUGUAAUGAGAAAGAUGUUUUCUAUUUGACAAAAUUUGAGCCAUUAUCUUUUUUUUCUGAAUUUGAUCUAUGAAUUAUAAUCCAUUUAGGUGGGCAUAAUGCUGGAUCAUUUAAGCAUCACAGCUUUACUAACAGCCCUGUAUCCCUUUCUAAACAGGAGCUUGUGUGUCAAUUACUUAUCAGGUAUUAUUCUGUAUCGAGGUUUGUAGAAAUAAGCGGUUUCUGUUGAAAAAGGAAGGCUGGCCAUGUUUUAAGAGGCUGAAUUAAAAAGAUCUUAAACCAGCAUAUCAGAAAAAAAGUAAAUGAUCCCACCUCAUUCUUUUUCAGUAUUCUACUGUCCAAGUUGGAUUGACCUACAAUCUUGAAAUCAAAUUACAAGUACAGUGUCUUCUAUUAGUUGUUAAGACAUUAGCUAUAGACCAAUACUGUGCUGCAUAGUUGCAGUGGAAGUGAAAGUGUUUUGAGAUUUUAUGCUGCUAUCCAAACAUGUAUUUAAACACAUAUAUAUAUACACACUAUAUCUUUAUUAGAUUUUAGUUUAAUGCUUCCAGUUCUGGACGACAUUGUCUAUUAUCUCAAUUAGCCAACUUGGAAAUGAAUUUUGUGGGAUAUUUUGAGUACAGUUUAACUCUGUAUUAUAUUUUAUGAAAGCUGCUGGUCUCUCCAAGUUUAAAUCACAGAAACAAUUGAGAAAUCAGGGUUUCUUAAUGCAUUGGAUGCGGUUUGCUUGAAUGGUUAUGAGGUGUCCCUGAAAAUUCAGAAGACAAAAUGGGAGUGGAUUAAGCAAUGCCAUUGUACCUGCUCAAGAGGACUUCCAAACCUGUGAACACACAUUUUGAAUAAAAGGGAUCUAAUGCGCGUAGGUAGUUCUCAACUUUAUUCUCAGGUCACUGCCUUUUGAGAAUAAUAUGAAAUUUCAGUGACUGCUGGUACUUUCCGAACCUUUGUUUGUUUUCCUGUACUGAUUACAAUACUUUUGUAAUACAGUAUUUAAAAUGCAGGACAGAUUAGGGCAACUUUAUAUUUGAGAGUUUCACAUUUCAGGUUUUGUUUCUACAUUUCUUUGCUACCAUGGCUACAAUCAAAAACAGAAUCAUCCAAUAUUACAGUUACAAUAUCAUGUCCAAUAUUAUGUCAGGUAAUCCCAGAUAUUGAUAAAAAAGGAAAACUCUGAAAAUUAUAUGCAUUGUUUUAAAUAGCAUAAGGCCCUUUUGGGGCUUGAAAAAAAUCGAUUCUUUUGUCUCACUAUGACUCUUUUUCAAAGGGACAAAAACUUAAAAAGACUCUGUUUCAGAGUUUCAGAGCUAAAAAAAAUAGGAGGGAUCUACAUUGCUUAGCCAAGCUCAGAGGUAUUUUCAGAUUUCCGAAAAUGGGAUGCUGAUCACUUUUAACAUGCACAGAGAGAAGAUUUAUAGAAGAAAGAAAUAUUUUUAAUCUUUAAAGGAAACCAUUUAAUUGAAAAAAUACUGCUUAUAAAUAUUCAUGUGGUGAAAACUACUCAGCACAAUAAAAUAGUUCAAAAGCUGAUGUUAUCUGAACUGUUCUUUGAAAGCAAGCAUGAUUUAAACUGUCUGUGUUCCCUUUUCCAGGUAAAUGAUAAGAGAAUCUUGUAUGCUAGUUACUUUUGUGACAAAGGUAUAUGUGAAUUACAGUGGGAUGAAUGAGCCAUCAGCAUUGUGAGACAGUUUGCUUGUUUGCACUUUCGAAACUGUUUCCUCCAUGAUUAAAUACUGGAUGUAAUGGUUAACAGAUGUUAACUCUACAAAUUCUUCACUUUUAUACAUUUUAGUCCUGGAAAAAAAGGGAAUACAGUCUUUCUUUGAGAAGAUAUACAAGAGAUAAGCUGCUAACUAUAUAAUUUUUAAAUAGAUCUUAUUUUAAAACAACAGAGCUUCAAGAAAGCACAGUAUUUUUAAUGAUUUAUAGAAAAUUAUAUGAAAUUUUAUAAAGCUAUUUGGAUAUAAUGUUACUGCAUCAACUCUUAAGUAUGGUUUGCCAAAUAUAUAAUUAUAUUGGAUUUAUGAGGUACCAAUUUAGAAGCAAUAUUUAUAUUGAAUGGAUCAGCUUGGUAGUUAUUUUCAAGUUUAUGAAUUUUGAGCAUAAUAUUGCAACUCCCAGGUCAUAAAUAUAUGGAAAAAGGAAAUAAGUUACCACGAUUAAAGAAUUGGCAUUAAGACACACUGAAUUAUAGUCACCGGUAAAGGUAUUCACCUGCAUCUGUUACAUAUUGUAAUUAAAUUUUAAAAUUACAAUUGCUUAGUUUGUGUAUAAUGUGUGUAUAAAUGACCAAAAUCUCACAGAAUGUAAAUUAUGUAUAACAUUUCAGGCCACUUUAUAGCAAAGGGUCUGAGCACAUUUUACGCUAACGUAUAUAUUUAAAGAAAAUGACUAGAUGUGACUGUUGACAAAUUGAUUUUAUGGAAUUACAUAUCACUAAGCUAAUUUAUUUGUGGAACUAACUUUAGAGCAAAAUAGUGGAGUCUUGAGUUCUAAACAAAAAUAAAGAACCAUCACCCAGUGGAUCUGGCAACAACGUCUGUGCGCCACAAAUCUCAUUUAAAAUUUAUAUUCUCUUAGAGAUCAAUUUCAAUUUGGUUUCUUCUUUCUUUUUUUAAUUCUUCAUAGAUAUUAAGAUGUUUCUCGCUCUACUUUGUGUAAAGACUUGUGUUCAUGUUAUCUAUGUUGCUGUAAUUUUGUGCUACAAAAUCCUCUUAUUUAGAGUUAUUUAAAAAAAGAAAGAGAAGUUCCUGUAACUGCACUUUCCCCCAAAUCCUCAAUACUCUUGUAUGGCAACCAAAAUUUACUGUAAGAAAUAAAUAUAAUAUUGCACUACGGUUGUAUUCCUUUUAUGGGUUUCUUUCAGUUGGAGCUAGAAUUGUGGUCCCAAAGGAGAAGGCAAAAAGCAAGCAAAAUGACAAAAGAAAUACUGCUGUUCAUUUGUUACUUUUUAAAAUUUUGUCUGUAUCAUGCAUAGUUUAUUUGAUUUAUUUGAUACAUUUAGAAGGUCCCAGCACCCAAUGUUAAAGAAAUCAUACGCCCUCUGUUAUGUUUCCUUUUUGGUGUGUAAUCUCUAUCAUUGUGCGCUGUGUAUUUCAAUGGUGUUAGCGGCCUUUUACAGCUGGUUACAAUUUAAAAUGUGUAAUGCUCAUGCUCUAUAAUGAAGAGCUAACAAAAGUAGUUCACGUCCAUGUAGCAUUUCAGCAGUUCGGUUAGAUCCUAAUGUGAUAGAGGGAAGGAGUAUGAAGAGCGUAUCUGAUGUGACUCGUCUAGUGGAGGGAGCAGACAUUGGGACAGGCUGCCCACACCCCCCUCGCAAUGUGAGGAGUGAGCUAGGGAGCUGCUACAAGAGUGCAGAUGGGGAUGUUGGGAAAGAUGGGGGUGGGGUAGUGACAGAAAUAUGUGAAAGGAAGCCCCGGGUGCAAGACUCAAAUAUGUACUGUAGGUGAGCGAACUAAUCUUCCUCCCGGACUUCUGUUAGAAAUUACUUUAGUUUAUGUAGGAAUUUUAAGAGCAAAAUGUUCAACUGCAUCAUUUAUUUGCUUUAUUUUCAUGAAGUACAAUGUGUCCCCAUAGUGCCCACUACAGGUUUACCCCCAAUUGAAAGCACAAGUUAUUCAAGUAUUAUACUGUAGGAUUUCAGCUUUAUGGACAAUUUGUACAGCUAUUCCUCAAGACUAUUCACUAUUUCAUAAUGAAGUUGCCUUAAAAUCUCCCAAGUCUUAUUUGAAGAUAUAAUAAUAAUAAACUUUAUUUUUAUAUAGCACCUUUAAUGGUGGCUUCUUAAAGCACUUUACAGAACGACAACAACAAUAAAAAAAAUACAUGAUACAAGAUAUGCACAAUGAGAAUACAAAAUGAGAGGAGAGUAGGUGGGGGUACUGACAUUACAGUAGGAGCAGAGAGGUUAAGAACAGAACCAGUUAGGUAAAGGCUCUUCUAAAGAAGAAGGUUUGGAGUUUAGAGAAAGUGACUCCCUGACGUCCUUGGGGAUAGAGCUUUGGGGCACAACAGGAGAAAGCCCAUACCCCAUAAAGUGUAGGUGGUUUGGGGGACAGACAGGAGACCAGAAUUAGAAGUGCAAAUGUCGCAAGG